GGGGAAAGGAGUAAAGAAAAUGAGAGGCACAUCAAAGAAAUCUUAUCUGCAUAAGCUUUGGUCCAAGCAACAACAUGUGCUAAAUGAAAGCAGUUCUCAAGUAAUUCAAGACUCCUCUGAAUGUUGUUCACCCAUGGAUGUUUCUCCUUACCAAGAAAUUACUGAAGCUGAUCUAUCAUCAAAGGGAACUUUUCAGGCAUCGGAAGAGGCUUCCCCAUUGGAAUGAAGCUGAACAGAAACACAGUGAGCCAAAUGAAGAGAAUUUUGGGUAUGAUCAUGAAAGAAUUUUUUUUGGUGAUCCUUCAAAAGAGUCUGUUUGUGAAGCAGAAACUGCAUGCACUACUUUCAAAUCUGGCUGGUUAUGCAAUAGCAGUUGCACUAGUGUUGAAGGGGCAAGAGACCUUAAUGGGACCCAGGAAAGCAAGCACACAGGAAAGUAUUGUUCUGGUUCAGGAGUGGAAGAUGAGAGAAGUUUUACCUUCUCCGCAACAUCAACUUCUGGGCUAGGUAGCUCAUCAUUCAGAAAGCAUAAACCUCGAAAGCAAAAUAAGGUGAAAAUUGGGAAUGCUUCAUUUAUUAUAACUCCAAGCUCAAAUUUUAAAGAAGGAUAUUCCUCUGUCCAGUUUCCACCUUGUGAUCCAGUACAGCCUGAACAAAAAGAUAAACCUACAUACCACAGCAAUGAGGAGAAUAAAAAUUUCAAUCAAGGGUCUAACUCCAAUACUGUUUCUGUCAACGAAGUCUGCGAAAUGUGGCGACUCAGGGGAAAUCAGGCUUAUAGAAAUGAUAAUCUGCCUAAAGCUGAGGAAUUCUACACACAGGGUAUCAAUUCUAUCCCCUCAAAUGAAACUUUGCGGUGCUCCAUCAAACCUCUUGUGCUUUGCUAUAGCAACCGUGCAGCCACUCGGAUAUCUCUUGGAAGGAUGAGGGAAGCUUUGGCAGACUGUCUGAUGGCUGCUGCUCUUGAUCCCAAUUUUCUCAAAGUUUAUGCCAGAGCUGCCAAUUGUCACCUUUUGCUGGGAGAAACUGAAACUGCUGUCCGGUGUUUCAGUAAGUGCUUAGGUUCAGGAGCUGAUGUGUGCUUGGAUCGUCGAACUACAAUAGAUGCUGCGAAUGGCCUUCAAAAAGCUAAGAAAGUGGAUGAGCUUCUAAUUAGUUCCACAGCACUUUUGGAACAAAAGUCAUCCAGUUCAGCAUCUAGUGCAUUAGAUAUGAUUGCUGAGGCCUUGUCUAUCAGUCCAUAUUCUGAAAAAUUGCUUGAAAUGAAGGCAGAGGCUCUUUAUAUGCUGAGGAAAUAUGAAGAGGCAAUUCAAUUGUGUGAACAAUCUCUUUCUAUUGCCGAGAAGAAUUUUUCUAAAGCAGAGACAGCUAACCAGUUAGCAAGCACAGAUGGUUCAGGAUGCUAUUCUUUUGCUAUGGUGUGGAGGUGGAACUUGAUGUCCAAAUCAUACUUCUGUAUGGGAAAGCUUGAGAAGGCACUUGAUUUACUUCAGAAGCUUGAGCAAGUGGGAUCUAUGGAGGACAAGCAGAGCGGCAAAAUUUUGGAAAUGUCUGUUUUGUUGGCUAUUACAAUUCGAGAACUUUUGCGCCUUAAGAAUGCAGGGAACGAUGCAGUUCGUUCUGGUAGGUAUACAGAAGCAAUAGAGUAUUACACAAGUGCUCUGUCAAGCAAUGUUGAAUCACGACCUUUUGCAGCAAUUUGUUUCUGCAAUCGUGCUGCUGCACACCAAGCUUUGGGCCAAAUUGCCGAUGCAAUUGCAGAUUGCAGUCUAGCAAUGGCCCUGGAUGAAAAUUAUUCCAAGGCAGUUUCCAGGAGAGCAACAUUAUAUGGGAUGAUCAGAGAUUACAGCCAAGCAUCUAUUGAUUUUCAAAGACUUAUCUGCAUUCUUGAAAAGCAGUCGGAGAAAAAGACUCAUCAGUCUGAGAAAAAGACUCACCAGUCUGACAAUCGGGAUAGAUCUACUGGCAACUCAAAAGAGAUAGGACUAGCGCGUCGUCAGUUAUCAUCCAUGCAAGAAGAAGCUAAAAAAGAAAUCCCAUUAGAUUUAUACCUCAUUUUGGGAGUUAAACCAUCGGAUUCUGCAUCUGAUGUUAAAAAGGCAUAUCGCAAAGCAGCGCUCAGGCAUCACCCAGACAAGGCUGGUCAAUUCUUGGCAAGGAUUGAGAAUGGAGAUGAGGGGCGACUCUGGAAGGAAAUUGCUGAGGUGAUUCACAAUGAUGCUGACAGGCUAUUUAAAACGAUUGGAGAGGCAUAUGCGGUGUUAUCGGAUACUGUGAAGCGGUCAGAAUAUGAUCUUGAAGAGGAGAUCCGGAAAGCUCCUAAGCAAAACAGAAGCAGCUCUUAUGAAAGACAACGACAAGACGAGGGCCGCUAUCCUUACGAGAGGAGUUCAAAUAGACGAUAUUGGCAGGGGAGUUGGAAGGAGUAUAAACAUUCUUCUCAUUCUCGAUGGUAAGACAGCUAUUUAGCUAAAGUUUUAUGCCUAAAUAACCCCAAUUUUCGUUAAGAAAUUGGGAGCAAAGCCUCUAGCUGCCACAAGUUCUUCCAUGAUCAACAAGUUAUUGUGAAAUGUAGCAGCUGGGCCAAGUCUCUUAAAAUCGAUACCUUCGUGCCGAUGCCACCUGAAUUUUCAGUAUUUCAGGCCAUUAAAGCUGUGUUGGGAAAAUAGGAAUACAGUUUUAUUUUAUAGAGAAUAUAGAAGAUACACAUUCUUGAUGAUUUAGGCCAUCAUGUUGAUAUGGAUUUGGG